CAUGGAAACGCGAGCGGUCCUGGAGGCCCCGGGUCAGCCGCUGGCGCCGCCGCACUCGUCGUGGGGCGGGAGCUCCCAACCGACCUCCCCAGGGGAGAUGUGGUCCCGGGACGCCCUCGCGUCGCCUUUCCCCUCAGAUGACUCCAGAUACUGCUGGUUAUGAAAAAGAUGUGACUUUUAGACCAGUCCUGAACGGGAAGUAUGAGUCCAGAUGUCCCUCUGCUAAACGAUUACAAACAGGACUUCCUGCUGAAGCGCUUUCCACAGACUGUUCUUGGAGGCCCUCGACUCAAAUUAGGCUAUUGUGCCCCUCCUUACAUAUACGUUAAUCAGAUUGUCCUUUUCCUGAUGCCAUGGGCCUUAGGUGGAACAGGAACUCUUCUAUACCAGCUGGACAUCCUGAGAGACUACUCGGCGGCAGCUCUCUCAGGAGGACUGAUGGUGAUCACGGCGGCUGUCAUCCAGCUAACCAGUGCGCACGCCAAGAGCAAGUCGGUGGUGGUCCAGAGGAUGACAGCCCUGAACAUCUUAGCGGAGGAAGACGAGCACGAGUUUACAAGUUGUGCUGGGGCUGAGACCGUCAGAUUUCUGAUUCCUGGCAAAAAAUACGUGGCCAAUACAGUUUUCCAUUCUGGUCUUGCCGGGUUGGUGUGUGGUCUUGGAACAUGGUAUCUGCUCCCAGACAGAAUUACCUCGCUGUACGGCAGCCCCGGGGCAACGGCCACUCUCUUUGUCUUUGGGUGGCUGACCCUUUGCAUAGCAGAAUAUUCCCUAAUUGUAAACACUGCCACAGAGACCGCAACAUUUCAGACCCAGGAUACCUACGAAAUCACUCCUCUCCUGUGACCACUGUAUAUUUUUUUCUUUGUUUCUGUGGACCUUGCACACAGGUUUAUUGUAAAUAUACCAGCUCUAGAGCAAGUGAAUCAGAUUCUGCACAUCUUGUUUGUGUUGCUGCCUCUCCUCUGGGCACUUGGGACUCUCCCCCCACCCGACGCCCUUUUCUUCUGGGCAAUGGAGCAGGUUUUAGUGUUCAUUCUUGGAGGCUCGUCCAUGUCAUCUCACCUACGGUUAUUGGCAAUGUUCAUCACUUCUGCUGGAACACCUGUCGUGUCCUACUUCAUCCCCAGCACCGUUGGUGUGGUGCUUUUCAUGACUGGACUUGGAUUCUUCCUGAGUCUUAACCUAAGCGACCUGAGUUUGGUCUUCAGGCGUGGUGUGGCCAGGCCCGGAGUAGAAAGGGGUCCCAAGGCUUUCCCAGGGAGCUGUGGACAUCAAUUCGGCAGGAAGGAAUGCCUUCUGUGCACCGUUGUGCUGGGUGUGGCCCUCCUUGAGGCUGGGCUGCUACAUCACUACGCUGGCGUCUCCCAGGUCUCCAGAAGCAGCUCUCAGUCCAUCUUGGGCUAUGUUCUGAUGGCGUUACUUUCAAUACUGUGGAUACUGGGAGAAACUCAAAGCAUCUACAUCUUCGGAAUUUUUCGAAACCCUUUUUAUCCAAAGAAUAUACAAGCUGUGUCUGUGUUCUCCGAAAAGCAGAACAAGCUCCUGAAGAUUGGGGUGGUCAGAUGGAUCUUGCUAACUAUAGUGUCUCCUCUGGCUAUGGUGGCCUUCCUUGCACUGGAUAGCUCCUUAUACAGGCUGCACUCUGUGACUGUCUCCAUCGGAUUCACCAGGGCUUUCAGAAUGGUGUGGCAGAACACAGAAAAUGCUUUACUAGAGACUGUGAUUGUGUGGGCAGUCUACAUGGUGUCCCACACAGACUGCUGGUGGAACAGGAGCCUUAAUACGGGUGUGAGACUGUUAUUGAUUGGUGUCAUGCGAGACCGUGUGCGUCAGUUCAUCACUAAAUUGCAGUUUGCCAUGACUGUGCUCUUGGCAUCGUGGACAGAAAAAAAACAGCACAGAAAAAUAACCACAACGUUGUGUGUCCUCAACGCUGUAUUCGCUCCCUUUGUCUUGAUUAUCAUAGUCUUCUCAGCACUGCUAUCAUCUCCUCUGCUGCCCCUCUUCACCCUUCCUAUCUUCCUGGUGGGGUUUCCUCGUCCGGGUCAGAGCUGGCCAGGAGCGGUGGGCACCGCAGCAUGUGUGUGCACAGACACGGUGUUCUACCAGCAGAUGAUCCCCCGCUUCACCGCGGCGCUGCAGACUGCAAUGGCAGCUGGAAGUUUCGGCCCCCUCCUCCCUGGCUCUCAUUACUUGGGCCGUUUUGAGGAUCGUCUGAUAUGGAUAAUGGUCCUUGAGCGCGGCUAUUCCUACUGUUGCAUUAAUGUGAAGGAAUUUAGAGACGACCUUGUCAAAGUGCUUGUAUGGGUGCUUAUUCAGCACUGCUCUAAAAGGCCCAGCCUGCAGGAGAAUAUUCCCAGAACUGAAAAUAACAGAGAAGCCUUACCAGUGGUCCUGCCUGCCUUGAACACAUCACCAUACCCCAAAUCCCUGGAAGACUCGGAUAGUUUAAAUUCAGACACUUUCCACGACUGGUCUGAUGAUUGUAUUUUUGAUGAUGAACCAACUAUCAAAAACAAAAAAGAAAACCUUCAGUUCAAAGAUCGACCAGGUACCAGUCUGCCCAUUCCAGGGUCAGUAGACUCCCAGAGUGCAGAUGACCGUUCCACAAGCACAGGCCCCCAAAAUGACCUGUACAGGACGAUGCUGUUGGGGUUCCCUGCUGUUGACAAGGGCCAGAGAGAAGACGUGGCUUUCAUCCCUCUCGUGGAGUUCAGUUGUUCACAGUCGCACUUGCUGAGUGUACCCGAAGAGUGGAGGUCUAACUGUACACCCCAUUCCAGAAUAACGGAGGCAAGCCCCUUGUUUCCAGAAGACUGGUAUCAGUUCGUUCUAAGGCAGGUGGAGUGUUUUCACUCAGAGGAAAAGUCAGGUGUACUGGAAGAAAUCGCAAAGGAUAAAGCUUUAAAAGCCGUGUAUGUCCAUACAGUGAUGGCGUGUUACAUUGGUUUAUUUGGAACAGACAACAUGGUGCCUAGUCCUGGUCAAAUAGUAAGAGUCUACAGUGGUGGCUUACCCUGCUCAGGCACCUUGGACUGGCUCUCAGAAAAACCAGAACUGUUCCAACUAGUUCAGAAAGCAUUCAGGUAUACACUGAAACUAAUGGUUGAUAAAGCCAGUUUGGGUCCAAUAGAAGACUUUAAAGAGCUGAUGGACUGCCUCAGAGAAUACGAGAGGGAUUGGUACAUCGGUUUAGUGACCGAAGAGCAGUGGAAAGAAGCAAUUCUAGAAGAAAAGCCGUGCUUGUUUUCCCUGGGCUAUGAGUCUAGUAUGGGCGUUUACACUGCGAGGGUCCUGGUGCUCCAGGAGCUCCUGGUCCACGUCGGGAAGCUGAAUGCUGAGGCUGUUCGAGGCCAGUGGGCCAAUCUUUCAUGGGAACUGCUCUAUGCCACCAACGAUGAUGAGGAGCGCUACAGUAUCCAGGCUCACCCACUCCUUCUGAGGAACCUCACUGUCCAAGCUGCUGACCCACCCCUAGGGUAUCCAAUUUUCUCCUCCAAACCUCUCCCUAUACAUUUGUGUUAGUCCGUUUUUACAUCUCAAUGUGAGGACAGCAGAGGAGGCACUAGUUAAACAGCAAGAGUCUAAGUUGUGUGACCUCUCUAGACUUUUCUUCUUGCCCCAGGGAUGCCUGAGAGAAAAACUAAGGUCUGUAAAGCUGAUUCUCAGCCGUGUGAAUGACUCAAACAGCAGCUCCUCUGUGCCUAACAUGGGUAGAAGUAGUUGGCCAAUAUUUGUGCUGUAUGAGUUCUCAUAGGUUUUGGUAGCUAAAGACAUUUGUACAAGAUUAGAUGUUUUUUUUUACUGCUUUGUUAAAUGUCUGAAAAGUAGUUUGUCUUUUUAAAAGUCAACAGGUGUAUAAUUAUAUAUUUAAAAGACAUUCAUAUCAGUGUUUUUAAAUAAUAAUGAAUCCUUUUAAUGGUUAACAACAUAUACAUAUAUUUAUUUGAAAUGUAGUUAAUUUUCUAGUAUUUUCAAAUGUCAUACUGUUUUAUCAUUUAACAUGGUGUGAACAGUCCCAUACAGUGUAUCAUUUUUCAUAUAUUUCAGUUUAGAAACCGUAAGCUCUUGAAAUAAAAUAUGACCAGUAAA